GAAUAAUUAAUAAACAGUAAUUUAUUUCUUUAUACUAAAUACCCACAUCAUUUAAACGUGAUACAUAUUAAUACUACCUAUCUCUGACUCUCAGUAAAAUAUUACAUUCACUACAUCUUUUAUAAUGAAAAACAAUAAUACUUAGACAUCAAUGAAUAUAGUUAAAGUACACAUGAUAAUAGUGUGAGUCCUGAUUAGGUUGAAACAAAAGUGAGUUUUAUGCUGCAGUUCAUUGGAUAUUCUCACGGGUGGUUCAAAAUCAGAUCAGGAGUUGGAGUUGGUAUAUACUUCAACAGAUGUUGCAACCACUAGUCUCGGACAGUCUUCUGAGCGCAGACGUACAUACUCAAGGAAGUCAUGCGUGCCGAUUUGCAGGACGGGACAACCGUUUGAGUCUGAGCCAGUUGAGUUUUUAACCUCAUGUCUUAAGUGGGUGGCUUCGUUCAAGUUGUGAUGUCAACGGUCCCCGGCGACCAUUUGCGACUGGUGGGGACAAGAUCUUCUGCAACUAUCUACGCCAAAUAAAUAGAAAAUGUUAUUUCUCACAUUAUAAUCGAAAAUAAUUGAUUCGUUUGUUGAGAUCCUGCGCUAUGUUGCAAAUUAAAUAGCCCAUUAUAAUUCUCUAAAUAUUUGUAGAAAAAAUAUUAAUUUAAUGAUUAACCUUGAAUGAAUCACGUAUUUAUAAUUGUUCGGCAGCGUGAGUGGGAUGGAUCACGCGAGGUCGCCGCCCGGGAGGCGGUCCACUCCACCGGUACUUAGCACUUUAUGACUUAUCCAUGUUAGCUAAUCAGUCAGUUUCCCGCUUAUUUAUCGUUACCGUAAACCCGUGAUCUACAGCUAUAACCCCCCCGUUCUGCUUGAUCUCUGAACAUGUGCUCCAGGCUAUUGUCGGUACAGGCCUAUCUAUCGCUAGCCACCAGCUGCAGCGCCCUACUCUGGUCGCAGCAGCGGACACCGCCGCGGUGUAGCUGAUAUCGAUGCUAGUGGUGACAUGAGUGACGUCAUCACAUGAAGUAGAACUCUGUCAGUCAUUACAGUGCUACUUGUUAGGAACGAGAAUGCUUUCGUGAGGUACGCUACGACACAGUUGAGUUUCUUUAUCCCCUGCGUUAAAGUAACAAUGUGGUCGUAGAUGAAGACUGUUAGGUAAUUUCUCUGUGUACAUUUUUGUGUGUGUUCUGUUCUGUGAACACAUAAGAAUAAUCGUUUUUGUAGAAAGGACCUAAUAUUAAUAAGAUCCUAUCACCAAAAACUAAUUGAUUAACAUUAUCAAUGCCAUUGAUAAGUGUUAUGGUGUUUGCGAUACAUAGUCGGUUCCGCGUAUAUUUUGAUUUGUAUACAAUUGAAUAUUUUCGCUCUAAUUCAUAUAUUAUCGCGCGGCAAACAUAAUGAUAUGUAACGUUCGAUCGAUAUCGUCACUUUCGAACGAAACGGCAGAUCGAUAGAGGCGUCACAACCGCGCAUACACAUCGUACACGCGUAAUCACCGUGCGCUGCCGCAGUCACGACUCCUCGUCCACGAGUGCCACUCAUACCUACUCCGACCUGGUGACUUGGUGCUGGCGGGCGGCAGCCGCGCGACGGUUACCACUUCACACCCGGCGGGCGGACCAUAAGCUCCUUCACACGUUUGAGGGUCCGUGGUGCCGCGUGUUGUCGGCUUGCGGGUGAGGCCGCGCGUGCGACAUGGGCGCGCUGCGACGCACGCACGGCGCGGCGCUGCUGGCGGUCGGGGCCCUCCUACUCGUGCUCUUCGCGCACCUCCCGCCCGCGCCGCGCCCUCCCCCCGCGCCACGACCGGCGCCUCUACUAGUGCCACCCUCCACCCCUCCCGCUCCCUCCAACCGCACAGUUUCCACCCGCGCGUCCCAAACUACAGCGCCGCCGCACCCACCCUCGCCGACCCCGCGACCCAAACCCGCGCCCCUUCUCACUAAGGACGUCUACGUGAGUGGACACGAGCGGCCCCACCCUGAACUGUGUCCGGCGCUGGGGGCACACCUCCGUAUGUUAGUGCUGAUCACGUCUGCGCCCUCGCACGCUGAGGCGCGCGCUGCCAUCCGUUUCACCUGGGGUCACUACGCGGCACGCCGGGACCUCACAAUCGCCUUCAUGCUGGGCACUCCGCCCCCUGACUUGCGCUCCGCCCUGGUCGCCGAGGACGAGCUGUACGGGGACCUAAUUGUGGGCCGUUUCCGAGACUCUUACUCGAACCUCACGCUGAAGACGCUCUCGAUGCUGGAGUGGGCGGACACGUACUGCCCGCGAGCGCCGCGCCUCCUGAAGACGGACGACGACAUGUUCAUCAACGUGCCGCGCCUGCUGCAGUUCGCGGCGGCGCCGGCGCGCGCCAACGCGACCCGCACCAUCUGGGGGAAGGUCGUGAAGAAGUCGUACCCGAAGCGCACCACCAAGUCCAAGUACUACGUGUCCCCGCUGCAGUUCUCGGGCAAGGUGUUCCCGGAUUUCGCGACGGGGCCGGCCUACCUGCUGACGACCGACGUGGUCCGCGAGCUGCUGGCGGCCGCGCCCCGCGAGCCCUACCUGCGGCUCGAGGACGUGUUCGUGACGGGCGUGCUGGCCGCCAAGCUGCACGUGACGCGCCGCCUCGCGCCGGAGUUCUACAACAAGAAGGUGCAGGCGCACCCCUGCACCGUGCAGCGCGGCGUCGCCAUACACAUGGUGCGCUACCACGAGCAGUUCGACCUCUGGCGGAAGCUGCUCGACGGCAAGACCAAGUGCGCCAGCUAGUGCGACGACUAGUGCGCCAUCCAGUGCGCCAUCCAGUGCGCCGCAGCUAAAUUAUUACCAGCCACCAGUAUCCACGAUUUACGUUCUUUUUAUUUUUGUGUCUUAAAAUUACACGAAUUGUGAUUAUUUACUAAAAAAGAAGUAAACAUUGAGAUUAAGUAAUGAUGUAUAUGUAGUGCAGUAGUUAGGAUAUGCGGGGUGCAAGACGAGACCUUGCACCCGUUAUUUUUUGAAAAGUUUUGAAGAUUGAUGGCGCGUACCGGCGGCCGCCUCCAGCAUGUUUGAUUGAUUUCAUUUUGAGGGGAACUCUUCCAUAACGCUCGGAACACUUGCACAGACGCUUGACAUACACUUUUGAAGAAGAUGAACUUCUUGAAAAAGCUCUUUGGCGUCAGCCUCUUUGAAUUUAAUCCCUAAAUUAUAUCAUCUUCAUCACUUGUAUCAUCGGUAUUCCAGAAAUUGUAUCCGAUUAUUGUCCCCCUCCUUUCUAAUCCUCUCGGUACUUUUAGGCAUUUCAAGCACUCGACACCGUUCUCGUCGAACUCGUCGAAGGGUUGGUCGUGCCCCCAGUCGUCGCCCGGUCCGCCCGGAUCUCCCCGGAGCUGUCCAGCGGAUGGCGGUUCCGUUCGAAGUAGUUAUCUUUGAGGCACCAGAAGCUUCCACAAAGACUCAUUAAAUAGAAUAGUGCCGUAGUGCUGCUAAGUACGCGCUGGCCGUCCGCUGCGCUCUACCGGAGCGGCUUCAGAACAAUCGAAUGUGGUGGCGGGCGCAUGUUCCGUGGACCCGCCGUCCCCUGGCACGCCCUGCUUAACAAAGAGACGCCGACAGCGCGCGCGGAACUACUUCACAAUAAUAUUGUCAUUAGCAGAGCGUCUUUUUUUUUUCCUACCUAAGCUGAUAGCCUUAAGAGGCUAUUUCAGCGUAACCUUAACUAGUAGGUGAGCUCACGGGGCUCAAACCGGACGAUGUUGCUAACACGAACCCUAGCAAGAGCAGUGCUUCGCAGAAUCUACCACCGGAUCGGAAACGCGACCCACUGAGAAAAUCCGGCGAGAAACUCAGUGGGCGCAGAGCGUCGUUGGUACUUAUAAUACUUAUACAUAUAGAUGGGCUCCACGUUGUAGCGGCGAGAGCUGCGUCGUCUCGUCGUCUCGCUCGGCGGGGGCCCGCGGGCCGGUGCAUGCCGACGUGGUACUGUGCAAUUUGUUUUAUGUGCAUUAUUACAUUACAAUAUACUGUAUUUAUAUUAUUCAUUUCUACUGGGUUUUUAUCAUUUAUUAUUAUUUAAUGAGCUUUUGUUCUUUCUAUCAUCGGCAAAGAAAUUAAUAAAUGCACAUUGGGCUAUAAAAUGUACAAGCAAAUGAAAUAUCUGAUGUUGUCAGAAUAAAGUUGGUAAUCGCGUCGUUCGCGGGCACUAUCGUCAUUUUGAUAAAACUGACAUAACGUGUAACGGUUGUGAUUGUUGUUGUUGUGUUAACGGCUCUAACAGAACGCGCCGUGGAUUGCGUCAGUGUGUGUCAGUGUGUCGGCUGCGUGCGCGAGGGGCCCCCGGGCAGCAGCGCGGUCGCGACACGAGGUUGUAGUCAAGGAAUUGUUAGGUUAUUGUAGUUAGUCGAGCACGUGCCAGACAGAGUCUACUGCGAAAGCCGGGGACGAGGUUAAACUUUAUUUUUUUUUAAAUGUAAUAUUAUAAUAAUAAUAAUAAUAUAAUAAUAAUAGGUAACGGUUUCUUUUAUUAUUUACUUGAAAUAGUACCUGUUCUAUUUUCAGUUACUGAACAAUAUAACACAUGAAAUUAAAUAUAAUAAAAGUCAUUUAAUUGAAUUGACUUUGAGCCCGUAUCUAUAGUUAUAUAUUUCAAUAAUAGCUAGUGAAAGUGCGAUGUAAAUUAUUAAUGAUAUAUAAAUAAACGAAAGCAAUAUUCAUGUUAAUUAUAAAUAAUAUCUGUAAACUUUAAUCAUAAGUACGUAAAUUAUAGUUAUUGUUUAUAUAUAUGAGAAUAGAUAGAAUAUAUAAUACAUUAUCUGCGGAGUCGGCCCGGCCGGCGGGUGGCGCCGCGGACUCCGCAGAUAGCACGGGCGCCUUGCUCGUUGCGCGACUCUACUGUAUCAUUAUCUCGCGCCAUACACUAAUUGUGCGUGACGUACCGAUACUACCAGCAGCAGUAGUAGUAGUAGUAGUAGUAGUAGUAGUAGUAGUAGUAGAGGCCGCGCACUGAGCGACAGCGCUCCCGCGGGUGCGGUAGUGCAGAGUAGUUUGUGGACGUUACUUAUUAUUUGUAAGUGUACAUGUAUUAUGGACGAGUUGUAAAGGUUUGAUAUUGUUCGGUCGAUCUCCGGGAGCUAACUGUGGGAUUGUAUAAUAGUAACAACGGGGCCGAGAGAGACGCUCCACUUCCGACCUGCCUUACUGUAACAAUAUCAAGUCCGACACGACGAGAUUAAAUCGAGAUUAUAUUACAAUUAAUAUAUGUGAAAUUUUUUCAAAUUUUGUUUGUUGUAUAAUUGUUAGAAGCACUCAGUUUUGAUGUUGGGUCCGCCCCGAGCGGGCCGGUGCUCUCGACCACUUCUAAUUCGAUACGAUCAACCUUUGUUUGUAAGAUAUAUUUUUAUUUUAUUUUUUAUAUUUUUUUAAAAGAGCAGCACCACAACAAAUCUGUUCUGUAAACUAGAUCUGUUGUGAUCUCGCCCGUUAAUAUUGAAUGAGAUAAAUAAAGAAACAGCGCGCGAUGUAACGACAAGUCGCAGUGAGGGGCGGCGCGUGGGCCGGACUCGACUUGUCGUUACUACGCCGACAUUAUUAUA